CGAGAUCAACACAUGGUAAUUGGGUCAACUCGUGUGUAGUACACAAGGGUUAUGUUGUGAGUACAGGGACAAAGGUAACAAAAGCCUCCAUUGACACGGUCGGAGAGUCCUGUAGCUGCAGACACACGGACUGUGCAGACACAUCGCAUCUGAAGACACUGCAGACCUGACCACACUAGAGGGGCAAUGGAAGCAUUCCCCGACAUGUACAUGAUAAUCCCAGCGGCAGUGGGGGUGGGCUGUGUCGCACUCACCGUGUUCUUCAUUUUCUGGAUUGGCCUCGGCAAGCAGCGGACAUUCGAAGAGGCCAAGGCUCUAGCAUCGAGGCAAGCUGACCUGGUACUGCAAGAGGAGUACAAGAACAGCCCUCGGGCAAAGAAAGGGAAAAGACAGUUCCCCCGCAAAAAGAAGGCAGAGCACUGGGAGGAUCCUCAGCAGGAAGAGAGCUUGGCUGAUGCUCAAGCACGGAAGGGAAUACUCAAAUCUGCCAAAGAGGCGACGCCAGAGAAGGCACCGCGUAAUCGAGUGGGGUUCAAUAUCGAUGUGGAGGGGGAGGAGGAGACUGUCACCACACGCUCCAACCCACCCACUCCGCACCCUCACAAGGUGUCUCCCAUUUUCACCAAGGAUGUUGUCCGUACACCUCAGCCAUUGUUUGAAGAACCAGAGGAAGAGACAGAGCCAAUCAGCAGUCCACCGGUUGUUGCCGUGGAGGCCAAGAAGGUUUCUACAGAGCCGCUCAAGCCAGUCAAGAGCAGUGGUAGUAAAGAGUCCCCCAAGGCUGCAGCAGGAGGGAAGAAGAAGCUCAAGGCUAAGAAAGAGGGGGAGGUCGUAGUGGCUUCCCCUGACGAUGGCUUGCCUGCCUCUCGCAUUGCUGAUAUAGUGAGUGCCAGUCCUCUGUCAGAUGAUGAUAUCCAGCAGCUGGUCUCCGCCCUACUAGAGAAGAUGAACACUAACUCAGAGUGGGAGGCGGCUAAUAUGAAAACUGAGAGCAUCAAGAGCCUCAAGAAACAUAACCAAGAGCUGCAGAAACGCUGCGAAGAAGCUGAGAAAACUGUCCAUUCUCAUAACUCAAAGAUCAAGGAGUUGAGAUCAGAAGUACAGAGGGAAAGAGUGAAGCAGCAAGCCACUGACACAAAGCUACAGGCCAAGAUCAGCACACAUUCUAAUGAAAUGCUUGCUGUCAAGAGUCGACUGAAUGGGCUGGAGGAGGAGAAUAAGACCCUCAAGGCACGAUCCACAGCCGUCACUCUGGAGACCAUAGAGAAGGAAAACCAGCAACUCAAGGGGCAAAUCCUCCAGUUGACGGCUAAUGUGAAGGGUCUCUCCACUCAAGCUAAGGAUAUGGCUGAUGAGAACGCUGGUCUCAAGACAGAGCUGGCGAGGGUACAAGAGGCCAAUGUGGGGGGUAGGGGGUUGGCUCAGGAGGGGGCCCGGGUGGCAGAGCUGGAAGGCCUGGUUAGAGACAUGGAGCACGAAAAGAAACAGCUGCAGUUGACAAUGCAAACUCUAAAUGAUGACAACUCUCGACUAAAGACAGAGGCUGCUGCCAUGACAACUACCAAUGAUACACUCAAAACAGAAAUGGCUGCUCUAGAAAAAUCCAACAGCUCUCUCACCCAGGACAAGGCGUCCCUCCUAAGAGAUACAGAGCAACUACGUUCUGAUAAAGAGCAUCUUAUUGCCGAGAACGAAUCACUAACGGCUGAAGGAUUGGCUUUAAGAGAGGAGAAGGCUGGUCUUGAAGCAGCAGCCAACCCCAUCAUUGAGGUCAAUACUGAUGAGAGCAAGUAUGAUGAGCAGCUAGCCUCGGCCGUGGCUAGUGCUCGUGAGGAGAAAGUGGCAGAGUUAACGUCACAGAUUGAGAAGUGUUCCACCCUACAAGACGAGCUCAAGGCACUCAGUGCUCAGCUGACAGGGGAGCAGACUGCUAAGAAGGAGCUUGAGGAUGAACUAGAGUCCCUGAAGCAAGCAUCUACCAAUGGUCCACCCACUGACCAACCUGACUCUGCUAAUGAUCAGGAACUUACUCGUCUACGUGAGGAGAAGGCGGAGCUUGCGGAGAGCAUCAAACAGUUGGAGAAUAAACUCGGCGACAUAAAGGACAAGAACAAUAGCCUGAGAGACAGUCUAUGGAAGGCCAAGGAUGAGGCAGCUGAGGGAGCCAAGGUGUGGCAGACACAACUCAAGGAAGCACACCACAACACAGAGGUCCAGUGUAGGGCAGCAAAGAAGGAAGCGUUGGCUGAGGCCUGGGAAAGCCAGAAGUUGUUCCUCGUCCGAAUGUUUCCCACGGUAACGGUAGAUGAGACUGACUCUGCCCGCUGGAUUGAUGCUUUUGAGGUCAAAGUGCAAGCCAUCAUCGCUGACACAGACCAACAGUUGGUGUCGCUCAAGGCCAAGGUUGCAGAGCUUCAAGAGAACGAACACAAGAGUAUCCAGGAGGCAGAGAGUCUACGUCUCACCAUGCAGAACACUAUGGGCAUCCUUGAGAGACUCCAGUCCGAGGUGGAGAGUGACAACGCUGUACACCAACGAACUCUGCAAGAUACAGAGGAGAUGUUGGAGAGAGAGCGUGGAACUAAUCGUGGUCUCCAGGAGGAACUCAGGAAAGAACGAGAAACCAGCUCAUCAAUGAAGGGUGUGGAGGAGAGACUAGAGGAGGCGGAGUCUCGACUCAAGGAGGUGGAGCACCAGUACGAGCUCUCUAAACAGGAGGCAGAGAGUCUCCGUCACUCGCUCACACAUGAGCUAGAGAUGAAAGACAAGGUGCAGGCCGACCUCGAGCAGCUACAAGAGACACAGGCUGUCGUAGAAACCAGACUGGCUGCCCUGGAGGAGGAGAAGGACAAUGCUUUUCAGCAGGUCAAACAGCUUCAGACAGAGGUUGAGCAGCUGAGGGGUGGACUGCAGGUGGCUAAAGACAUUCCUUCUUCCCCAGUCAAGGUGUUGGCUCCUCCUCAAGUUCAUACUGAAGUUUAAGCCAAAGAAUUAGGAUAACUGAUUUAUAAAUAUUAAUCUAUUUAGACCAUAAUUUUUGUAUGCAUUGUUACCUUGUUAGAAUGUAGUAUCCAUGUGUACAUGUUAUUGUGCGUCAAUCAGUCUCUAUGAUUACUGUCCCCCUGUGUGUUCAUCGACCUCAUGUGAUCUGCUCAUAUAAAUAAAAAUAAAUAAAAUGUUGUUUAAAAUUCAA